CCUCUGUGCUUCUCUGCUCCUCACACAGCCAGCAUCUCCUCUCCUCACUCACCUUUUCUUGGUGCUCUGGGACUACCUUUCUUCUUAGAUAAGAUGUCUCACCAAAAAAAGCAGCCCACUCCACAGCCCCCCAUGGGCUGCGGGAAGACCUACGGCGGCGGCGGCGGCGGCGGCAGCAGCGGCGGCGGCUGCGGAUUCUCUAGUGGCGGCGGUGGCUGCAGUGGCGGAGGCGGCGGCGGUGGUUCCAGCUGCGGAGGCGGCGGCGGCGGUUCCAGCUGCGGCGGCAGCGGCGGCGGCUCCGGCGGGGUUGUCAAAUAUUCAGGCGGCGGCGGCGGCGGCUCCGGCUGCGGCGGCUAUUCUGGCGGUGGCGGCGGCUCCGGCUGCGGUGGCUAUUCUGGCGGCGGCGGCGGCUCCGGCUGCGGCGGCUAUUCUGGCGGUGGCGGCGGCGGCAGCUCCAGCUGCGGGGGCGGCUACUCAGGAGGAGGUGGCUAUUCCGGGGGAGGCUCCAGCUGCGGGGGUGGCUCUUCUGGGGGCGUCAAGUACUACGGCGGCGGCUCCGGGGGCGGGGCCGGCUACUCCGGCGGUGGCUCAGGCUGUGGGGGCGGCUCCUCUGGCGGCGGAGGCGGCUGCGGGGGCGGCUCCUCUGGCGGCGGAGGCGGCUGCGGGGGCGGCUCCUCUGGCGGCGGAGGCGGCUGCGGAGGUGGCUCUUCCGGCGGGGGUUCCAGCUGUGGCAGCUCCUCCAGCCAGCAGGUGCCUUGCCAGAGCUACGGAGGCUCUGGCUGUGGGGGAGGCUCCAGCGGCGGCUACAGCUGUGAGGGCGGAUACUCAGGCGGGGGCUCCAGCUGCGGGGGUGGAUACUCCGGAGGCGGCUCCAGCUGCGGGGGCGGCUACUCUGGCGGUUCCUCUGGCGGAGGAGGCGGCUGCGGGGGCGGCUCCUCCGGUGGCGGCUCCAGCUGUGGCGGCGGGUCCGGGGGCGGUUCUGGCUAUUCCUCCCAGCAGACCACCCAGACCUCUUAUGCGCCCAACUACAGUGGGGGCUCGUCAGGCGGCGGCUCCAGUUGUGGGGGCGGUUCCUCUGGGGGCGGCGGUGGCUGCUACUCCAGCUGCGGGGGAGGCGGCGCAGGCUCCUCUGGGGGCGGCGGCUGCCACUCCAGCUGCGGGGGAGGCGGUGGCUCCUCCGGGGGUGGCUCCUCUGGGGGUGGCUCCAGCGGUGGCAAGGGCGUCCCGGUGUGCCACCAGACCCAGCAGAAGCAGGCACCUUCCUGGCCGUGCAAAUAAAGCCCCUUGGUCACCGCAGAGGCUGCGGAGCUGCAGAGGGUCUCCGCGGACAGCAAAGGGGUUAACGUUCUCAUGAUAUUGCAGGAAGUUUUCCAGACUCCCUGCACCUUCAGCUACCUGGAAGGAGCCACUGAACAGUCUCUUGGACUGCACCUUGUCAGGCAACUUUUCAUCCUUGGUCUCUGUACAACUAACUCCCAACCCCAAUGUUUCCUCAGCUAAUAAAAAGUGUGACUCAUGAGAA